AUGUCAGGAACGGUUUGGACACAGAUCGAGCCAGCUAAAAUGACAGGUGGCAACGAGGGUAUCCAAGGGACAGCGAGCUGGGGUUUUCAGGGACAUUUCACGAAGGGCCGCACAUCCAGAAUUCUCUUAUCACGCCUGUCUUUGAGCAAGACAGACACAAACAUAAUCAAGUGCAGGUUCAAAGGAGUUCGAAGUGGUGGAGGUAUCCAAUUGGAAAUCAGGAACAAGAAAGGCAGAGGCAGAGGCAGCAGCAAGGCAGCCAAUGAGACGUUGAAAAGCAAUUGGACCACAGCGCGACAGACAGAGAGUGAAUGGGGGCGUGAGAAAGAGAGCAUAUCAUUUGCCAUCCAGUCGGGUCUGGUACGAAACAGCUUGAGUGAGAGGAGGGUAUGUAGCAACAUCGAGGAACACCUGGCCGAGUUGUCACCAGACACUGUGGGCGUGGUUAUCAGACCGGCACUUGGGCAGAGAAUCGCCACCGACAGGUUCAGAGGCUGGGAAGCUUGGAAACUGCGUCGCACGGAAACAGGAAAGCUUUGUACUAGGCUGGAUGCGACGGAAGACGAAGCGAAAUCUAAUUUACAAGGAGCAACGUCUUCCGAAGCAGGUGUCGAAUCAAGCGAGCCGACCAAACCUGGGCAAUCCACCGCCGUAAUCAAAUUAUCCUUGUUAAUGAUGUUAUCAACAAACUUCUCACUCCUUUUCAGCGCUCUCACACUUUUACAGAUGUCCAACUCCAGCUGA